GACCAAUUUUUUCAACAGGAAAACUCAGCCUAUAAAUACCACAAGCCUGAAGCUGCAUCAAACAUACAUACAAGCUUUUAUAUUAUCCAAUUCAACUUCAAAGUUGAUUGUAAAUCGCUAAUUCUGUGAACUUUUUGGUGUGAAACCUGAAAAAGAGAGCACAUAUACAAAUGGCCGAGAAGCAAUAUUCUGCUGAUGUUGUUGAAGGACUGAGGAAGAUUCUCAUCAGUGAGGAAGUAAGGCUGGAUGAGGAGGUACAGGGAAAAGUAGAGAUGCUUAUUGCUGAGCUCCAAAGGAGAAUCCCUUUUCCCGUUCCUGACGAAGAUGCUCAAACGCUUUACAAUGGCUUUCAAUCCUUUAAGACCAACGUUUUCGACCAACAUCCUAAUUUGUUCUGUGAACUUGCAAAAGCCCAGCAUCCCAGGUACUUGGUGUUUGCAUGCUCGGAUUCCCGUGUAAGCCCCUCGACUAUUUUCAACUUCAUGCCAGGUCAAGCCUUUGUUUCUCGCAAUAUUGCCAACAUGGUCCCACCAUUUGACCAGCUAAGACACACUGAAACUGGUGCAGUCAUUGAGUAUGCUAUUAAAGCUCUUAAGGUAAAUAAUAUACUGGUAAUUGGGCAUAGUCGCUGUGGUGGUGUGGAGAGGCUUAUGAACCUUCCAGAUGUCUCUGAUCAUUCUCAUACUUAUGACUUCAUAGAUGACUGGGUGAAAAUUGGUUUGCCUGCAAAGAAAAAGGUCCUGGAAGAAAAUAAUGGCCUGCCUUGCGAAGAACUAUUGAAGCUUUGCGAAAAGGAAUCAGUGAAUAACUCACUGGGAAAUCUACUGACAUAUCCAUAUGUGAGAGAUGCUAUGACGAGUGGACAUUUGGCACUGAGAGGAGGUUAUUACGACUUCGUUAAUGGACAUUUUGAGCAAUGGAGGGCCUUCACACCACCUCCACCAGUAAUGCCACCCAUGCCCCAGCCUUUCUAACUGUCGUCUCAUUUACUUUAUCUGCUGCAACUGAGAACUUGCUUGUUUGCUCUAAAAUAAUAAAAAUAAAUAAACAGUCUAUUAAGAUUGUCUUCUCUGUUCGAAAGAUAAAUGAUUAGAUUCUUGAGGUUCGAGUGAGUGGGGAAGAGAUGGAUAUCAAAAUAAAAUUUGAUGUUUGAGCUUCAACUAAUUCAUCCCUUACACACAAAAUUCGAUGCUUUGAGAAAAUAACAGCUCUUUUUCAUCCUAUGCAUUCCCUAUGAUAAUAAA